UUUUUCAGUCUUCGGAUGCUGCUGUGCUUCCGUUUGUGUAGAGCUUUGUUUCUGAUUACAAUAGUUCAGCCUUUUGGUCUGUCUUACAAUUGGAAACUGAUAUUUGUGGCUUUAUAACAUAGAAUAUCGUGAAAGGAUUCAAAAGAAAAGGUUGCCCCUUAGAAUUUAGGUGCUCUUUCUUUCUUGCUUGAUUAGAAGAAUAUAAGCUUCCACAGAGAAACUUAGGAUUAUAGUCAUUGAGGUCCUUCUAUAUUUAAAUUAAGGCUACAAGAACUCCUAUUGUGGACUAAUAGAUAAGGCAGGUCAUUGAAUCUACAGUCCACUUGUCCAAUGGGGACUGGGGAAGAAAGCACCCCUGCAAAGCCUUCAAAACCUACACCCACAAAUCAGGAAACUCCUGCUACCCCUUCAUAUCCUGACUGGUCAGCCUCUAUGCAGGCUUACUAUGGUGCUGGAGCUACUCCACCCUUUUUUGCAUCAACUGUUGCUUCUCCUAGUCCCCAUCCCUAUUUAUGGGGCAACCAGCAUCCUCUGAUGCCACCUUAUGGCACUCCAGUUCCUUAUCCAGCGCUAUAUCCAGGGGGAGUUUAUGCUCAUCCUAACAUGGCAAUGGCUCCAGGAGCGGUACAGGCUCCUAUAGAGUCGGAUGCAAAAGCUCCUGAUGGGAAAGACCGGAACACAAACAAAAAACUCAAGGGUCCUUCAGGAAACCCUGGGUUGAUUGCUGUCAAGGCUGGGGAGAGUGGGAAAGCGGCUUCAGGCUCAGGAAAUGAUGGUGCAACUCAAAGUGCUGAAAGUGGAAGUGAAGGUUCAUCUGAUGGAAGCGAUGAGAAUAAUAACCAUGAACUUUCUGCAACAAAGAAAGGCAGCUUUGAUCAAAUGCUUGCAGAUGGAGCCACUGCACAGAACAAUACUUCUGUAGCAAAUUUUCAGAAUUCAGUGCCUGGGAAUCCUGUAGUCUCCGUGCCUGCUACUAAUCUAAAUAUUGGAAUGGACUUGUGGAAUCCAUCUUCUGGAGCUUCUGGAGCCAUGAAGAUGCGUCCAAAUCCUGGUGUCUCACCUGCUGUUGCUCCUGGCAUGAUGACUGACCAGUGGAUUCAGGAUGAGCGAGAGUUGAAAAGACAGAAGCGAAAGCAAUCUAAUCGUGAGUCUGCCCGGAGAUCAAGAUUACGCAAACAGGCUGAGUGCGAAGAGUUGCAGCAGAGAGUCGAGUCACUGAACAGUGAAAAUCGUGCACUUAGGGAUGAGCUACAAAAGGUUUCUGAGGAAUGCGAGAAGCUUACAUCCGAAAAUAACUCUAUUAAGGAGGAGUUGACUAGGUUGUGUGGACCAGAGGCAGUAGCUAAAUUAGAGAGCAGUAGCAUCACCCAACUUGAGACAAAUGGUGAUGAAGAUGACCAUUGAGAGAAGUGAUUUCAGAUAAAGUGACUCAGUUUAUAAUUGCCCGGAAAUUAUGCAAAGUACCUGAGAAAUUUAUUACUCUAGGGUUGAUUAGGUAAAGAAUGUUUGGUUUCUACUAAUUAUACAGUUUAACCAUAUCUCAGUUGUAACUGUAUCAUAAUACUGUCGAAUUCCAACAUGAGCUCAGUUUGUGCUCUUUGGUGUACUAGUAGUCAAUUGGAGAAAUAGAAGAAAGAGUAGUUUUUGGGUGA